GUCAGCGUUGUCACAUACCUUCCUUUUUCCUAAACCCUCCCAAAACCCUCGAAUAUCUCUGAACGUUUUCUAAUAUUUCCUUCUUAUACACACUUCCUUGGUCUCUCUCUGUUUCGAUCAUGUCCAGAUCAUUAAAACUUAUUAAGGAGAAUGCUUCCAACCCGAAACUCUGGUUAGUCAUCGGAAUCGGUGUUGCCGGGAUCGUGGUUCUGGCGGAGACGCAGAGGAGACGACGAAAGGUGAAGACUUUGAAGGAGGGUUUUGGUGCUUUUGUUGAGCGUUUUGAGCUACUGCCUUUCCCUCAGCCUCCUCCUCCUGCAGCCAAGCAAGCGCUUUCUGGACUAACAUUUGCCAUAGCCGACAUUUUUGAUGUGAAGGACUAUGUGACGGGGUUUGGAAAUCCUGACUGGAAGAAGACGCAUGAGGCGGCGGAGAAGACUGCCAUGGUGGUGACUGCGCUGUUGAAGAGCGGGGCUACUUGUGUCGGGAAGACUGUUAUGGAUGAAUUGUCUUUUGGAAUUUCGGGUGAGAACAAGCACUAUGGAACUCCAACAAAUCCUCAGAUGCCAUCGUGUAUUCCAGGGGGUUCUUCGAGUGGUUCAGCAGUUGCAGUUGCUGCUGGGCUUGUUGACUUCUCCAUUGGUACUGAUACUACUGGAGGUGUACGAAUACCAGCAUCCUUUUGUAGUAUUCUUGGAUUUCGUCCAUCUCAUGGGGCUGUAUCCACAGUUGGGGUUCUUCCACAUGCACAAAGCUUGGACACUGUUGGAUGGUUUGCCCGUGAUCCAUCUGUACUAUGUCAUGUUGGAGAUGUUCUACUUAAGUUAAACUCGGUGGAGCCUAGAAGAGCAAGGCGUAUUAUAUUUGCAGAUGAUCUCUUUCAAUUGUCUAAAGUUCCUAUGCAGAAGACAGUAUAUGCAAUUAGCAAAGCGAUUGAGAAUUUGUCCGGGUAUCAGUCAUCAAAGCACAUGAAUCUUUGUCAGUAUAUUGCUUCUAAUGUACCCAGUCUAAAAGGGUAUUGUCAACAAUCAACCCGCGAACAAAAUGGAGUACUCUUAUUGAAAGCUCUUGCUUCUGUCAUGUUUUCGUUACAAGGAUAUGAGUUCAAAACAAAUCAUGAAGAGUGGAUUGAAUCAGUCAAACCCCGGUUAGGUUGUGAUGUGUGUGAUCAUGUUAGGGCAGCCACUGGUGCCACGUAUGAUAACAUAAAAAUAUUGUACAAAGUUAAGAAUGAGAUGCGAGGUGCUUUUCAAAGUUUAUUGAAGGACGAUGGAAUACUAGUUAUUCCCACUGUUGCAGACAGUCCUUUAAAGCUUGAUACAAAGAAAAGGUUUUCUUCUGAGUUUUAUGACAGAACUUUCGCAUUGUCAAGCAUUUCUAGUAUGUCUGGAUGUUGUCAGGUUACAAUUCCAUUAGGAUAUUCCAAUGAUUGCUCUGUUUCUGUCUCAUUCGUCUCUUUCCAUGGAGCUGAUAAAUUUCUUCUUAAUACGGUCUUGGAUAUGCAUGCAACUCUUCAACAGCAAGUUAGUGAUGUAUCCUCCUGUUCUUUGUCGUUCUCAGAUAUGAAUGGUAGCAUGGAAACUUCAGAACUUCUGAAGGAGAAGGGAAAUGCAGCAUUUAAGGGAAGGCAAUGGAAUAAGGCAGUUAAUUACUAUACUGAAGCUAUCAAGCUGAAUGGAUUGAAUGCAACUUACUAUUCCAAUCGAGCAGCUGCUUACUUAAAGUUGGGAUGCUUUCAGGAAGCAGAAGACGACUGCAAUAAAGCUAUACUACAUGAUAAGAAGAAUGUGAAGGCAUAUCUGAGACGUGGAACUGCUAGAGAAUCACAACUACGAUAUAAAGAGGCUUUAGAAGAUUUCAAGCAUGCUCUGGUUCUUGAACCACAGAACAAGACUGCAAGCGAUGCUGAGAAAAGAAUCAGAAAAUCGAUGAGUUGAAUUUGGCUCUCUUAGAAAACAUUUCCCCUUGACUUCCCUCCCUGCUGGAGAGAAUGUCAAUGGCUGCUGGAAAAUGAGACUUUGGAUUCUUUUCAUUACUGUCUAUCUUCGAAGUGCAGGUGACUUGAAGAGGACGGAGUAGACGUGCCUAUGUUGAUUAGGUGCUGCAAAUUUUGGUCCUUUUAUGUGUAUAUUUUAUUUUAUUUUUUGGUUAUAUAAUAAGUUUGUAUAUUUGCGACUUUCGAUAUACUUUUACUUUGUGUCAUUGGGGGAAUGACUAGCUUUGUACAAGAAUUAUAAACCCUGUUAAUUCGUUGACUGCAAGAAUUUCAUGUUUA